AUGAACUUUUUCUGACCGUGCUCUAAAAAUUUUUCGCACAGCAGAGAUGAGUGGGAGCAACUUGAACUCCGUGUUCUACGCCGACUCUUACCAUCCAAUACAGGCCGGAAGCAUCGACGGCACAGAUAUUGUCCCUCACGACAACGGCGUCUACAGAGCCGUCCUCUGCUCCGCCGCUGGCCUAUAUGACCCAUUUGGUGAUCCCAAGGUUACCGGCGAUGCCUACUGCACCCUCUUCGUUGCCCGGCUUUCUCGUCAGACAAGCGAAGCAACGCUUCGAAAGGCCAUGAGCGCUUAUGGAAGGGUAAAGAACAUUCGAUUGGUUCGGGAUAUCGUCACUGGUGCCUCUCGUGGAUACGCGUUUGUUGAAUUUGAAACUGAAAGAGAGAUGCGACAUGCCUACAUGGAAGCACAUCAUUCAUUCAUUGAUGACACUGAAGUGAUUGUAGAUUAUAACAGGCAGCUACUUAUGCCUGGAUGGAUUCCAAGGAGAUUAGGUGGGGGACUUGGAGGAAAGAAGGAGUCUGGUCAACUCCGCUUUGGAGGUCGAGAGAGGCCAUUUCGAGCCCCUUUGCGUCCAAUCCCAUAUGAUGAUUUGAAAAGGCUUGGCAUUCCGCCGCCUCCUGAAGGGCGGUUCUUAUCUCGCUUCCAUAUUCCAUCACCCCCAAGGAGCAGCAAUCACUUGGAAAGGGAAGAUUCACCUAUCAGGCAUAGGACAUUUGGGGAUAGGGAAGAUACUCCCCCAAGGAGAAGCAGUGCAGCUGCGACAUAUCGAGAAGAUUCGGAAUUGAGAUACCGUAGGUCUGAGGAAAGGAAGGAGAUUCCAACUAAGUUGAAGAACACCAGAGAAUCUCCGCGUCGGCGCCGGAGAUUCAUUGACGAAGACUCCACAAGGAGAAAAGGAAGAAGAAGCCCAUCUGAUGGAGCCGAGUUUUUGCACGAGCUUCAUAGGGAUUAUACCGAAAGGUCACAUCGGCACAAGAAGAGGUCACCAAGUUGAUUGUUCAAACUAUUUGUUUGAUUCUAAAAUUUGGUUUUCUUUCAUGAGCAUUUUCUUAAUGUUUUAUGUAGUCAUUUGAAACUUUAAUGUAUAAAUAUGAAUGAUGUUAAUGCAUAUGAAUGUGAAAUUUCAUGAACUCCAACACGCUAUGAAUCAUUGUUGGUUAUUUGACAUU